UAAAACUAAGCUCUAUAGCAACUUCCGAGCCAAUAGAAACACGGGAAGCUGUUUACAAGGGGGUGUAGCGUUGCUAUAGUUGCUGGACAAACCUCUUGCAGCAGGUAGUAAAUGGAGACCCCCCCACCGUCCGUGAGCGCGCAGGUUUUGCUAAAGCUGCGCGCGCAUUCAUAUCCCCUUGUACCGGAGACGCGCGCAUCAACGCUAACCACCCAAUCUUUCAACUUCGGCUUCGCAAUCAACAGUUAACGUGACUUCACGCCAGUUCUAAUAAGGAUAUAAACGACAUAUCGUGCCUUUUUGGAUGUGUUCUCCAGUUAUUUUAUUUUCAUAAAAACAGGUCACCGUUGGAGAAGUGCAUUGAAAGGUGACAGAGGGACAUGCUGUCAUUGAGCUGUACAGAUUCGCGGCCCAAGGGCUCAGUGGGGUUGGAGGAGGAAGUAGUCAGUCCUGCUACAAAGGCCGAAGACCUAAUCGAGAGCAGUGAUUUCAACAACAGCAAUUCUGACAACCUGGAUGACAGCCUGACCAGUCUGCAGUGGUUGCAAGAGUUCUCUAUCCUUAGUGCCAGUGGAAGGCAACAAGUGAUUUCUACUAACCAACAUCAGAGCAACCUCUUUGAGAAGCAGCUGAGUGGAGAAGCCCCUGCAUCUCCUCUAGCAGGUGACCUUGCCUCCAUAGGCAUGCCACUGACCCCUGGUAAGCCCACAGCAACAGCAGUUCCUGCCCUGUGCACUCUGCCCAGCUUGGUUGCACAUGGACACUGCCCAGAUGAGGUUGACUACAAGACAAACCCUCAUGUCAAGCCACCAUACUCAUAUGCCACCCUCAUUUGCAUGGCUAUGCAGGCAAGCAAGAAAAGCAAAAUCACACUCUCCUGUAUCUAUAAAUGGAUCACUGACAACUUCUGCUACUUCCGCCAUGCUGAACCCACCUGGCAGAAUUCCAUCCGGCACAAUCUCUCACUGAAUAAAUGCUUCAUAAAAGUUCCAAGGCAGAAAGACGAGCCAGGAAAGGGUGGUUUCUGGAAGAUUGACCCGGAAUAUGCUGAACGUCUCCUGACUGGGGCUUAUAAGAAGCGAAGGAUGCCUCCAGUACAGAUUAACCCAGUUCUUAAAAAUCAACUCAGAAUGAUUUCACAGCCAGUUAUGACAACAACAAAUGUCACAGGUGUUCUCCAUGUUAGUCCUGAGUCACAGCAGCUCUUAGAAGAAUUUGAGGAAGUCAUUGGAGUUGACCAGAACUGGGAUCCUCGCCUAGUAGAAACCAAUUCAUCUGAUCGCUGGAGCACAGUAAAAGGCCGCAAAAGAAAACAGCCAUAUAGCUACCGGGCUGGAGGUGCCAAAGCUUUGUGCCGCUCUAGCUCCCCACUGCUGGCCAUGGAGGAACCAAAGAUUCUGGGAUCUUUUAAGGGUAAUUUUGACUGGGAUGCUUUGCUAAAUUCGGCACUGAAUGGGGAUUUGAGCCUGAAUGAGGGCGGUCCUAUGAGCCCAAUAACACAAGAUCAGGACCUCAUGGUACAUAGCAUUCAUGUUAGCUCCCUGGAGGCCUCAGUCAGUAAUGCAGAGAGUAGCAUGCUAAUAGAAACACAAAAGGACAGUAAUGUAGACUUUGACGAGGAGACAUUUUUAGCCACAGAAUUUUUACGGAGUCCUUGGACAGAGGAAGAAGAGGGGAACCAUCCUGAUUUUCUUUGUACGUCUACUAUUAACAUCAAUCAACUCUUUGAUCUGGGAGACUCACUCAGCGAUGAUAUUGACAGUAAAAUUGGAUCUCUUCUCUGAAGAGUUCAUCAGUAUCUCAGUAUCAUUGAAAUAUAUGAGGAGUGGAGAGGUUUAGGGCAGUUUUAUCCCAAAAAGUACAAAACUUUAGUUCUUUAUCAUGUCCAUUUUUUAUUUUAAUCAAUUUGUAUUGUUUUUUUAUAUUUGGAAAGUGAUCUACCUAAAAGCCACUGAUCAAAAACUGCCACAACAUAGGUUCUUCAAAAUCUUUAAAAUCAAAUUCUUCAUGACUGGACAGUGAAACCAGAACUGAACAACAAUGAAAUUACAGAAGGAAACUGUGGCAAAAAUUAGAUCCUCAGUUUUUUGUUUACAGUCUAGAUGUUCAUUUUAACUAACUGCAAUUAAAAUCAAGCAAUAAAUACUUAUUUGUAGCAUCUACAAAUUACAAGAAGAUGUCAAUGUAAUCAUUUAUUGCAAUUGAGGUAACUGCUUUGAAGGAACAAACUAAAACAUGCAAAUAAACAUAUACCACAAUGAUAAUACUGGACUCCUAGCUAUAUGAGAUUUCAUAUACUGAAACGGUUUUCAUUCACAUUACAAGAGAAAAGGUGGAUGCAGUAUUUUCAGCUCAUAUACUAACAAUUAAAUUGUACAAAAACAAUAAUAUGUAUUAGAAUGGCACCCUUAAAUGUGAUUAAGAAAGGAUACAUUGAAUAAUUUAUAAUGUUUAAAAAGAAAAUGCCAGACACAGCUGGUUGUAAUUCAACUUUUCUUUUUCUUUUUACAGCUUUUAAAAUCUUUUGAUUAAAAAUUUUCUCAUUAAUUAUUAUCGUGCUGUAUAUCGAGUGUUAUCAUAGCAUGCUAAUCAAUUAUUUUCACUGGUAAAUCUAUUUAAUCUUUUUAUGUUAUCAGGUAUAGUAUAACAUUAUAA